AUGGCAGAGGCGCGAUUUGUUGUUGAGCAGCACAAGAAGGAGGGCGCGUUCGGUAGCGAUGAAUCGUCGUUCCUGUUCUCCGACAUCCUGCGAGACUGGGGCCUGUGGGACCUGCUGAAGACCGCGUACGCAGACUCUGGCCUGCCCGAUGAGCCACCAGCAGCCCUGCCUUGGGUGUGCCACAUGUGCCCAACGGCAUCCACGGAGGAGGAGCUCUUGCACUGGUUGAAUGAGGGCGUGCCGUGCUUCGUCUCAGAGGACCAUGCCAGGGACGUGUACGCCAAGUGCGGCGAGGAUGCGCUGGAGUUUGUCACCGACGACAGGUGGAACACCUUCCCAAAGCCACGCAUUGCCUUCAAGAGCGGGUGGGGGCAGCCUGGGACGCCAAUCUCGGACUACGAGAAGCUGGCGCUCGUGUCGUCCUUCAAGGAGGUGCUUGACAGCGACGAGGUGCUGAACCUCCAGAUGUUCCACCGCAAGGGCGCGGAGGAGCCCAACCUGCCCUGCCUCCCGCUCGACCUGCAGUGGCCGCUGCCCGAGGUUUUUGGCCACAAGGCCGAGAGCGUGCUUGAGAGCGAGCGCUUCAACGAAGACGAGCAGCAGGCUUUGCAAGGCGGCCGCCAGUCGCAACACGUGGGUGCAGGUGUCGUCGUGGACAAUGCCACGCGCAUCUCCAAACAGGCCGCCCUCACCUGGUGGCACCUCGACGAUGGCGGCGAGUUUGUCUUCCAGGUUGCGCUGCCGCUGAAGGCGCCCGCAUACCUGCGCGGGCCCACGGGGAAACCCGUGACAAAAGUGUUUGUGUUUGCGUCGCUGGACGCGUACGACCUCAUGUACCAGGACGACCGCACCAACGACGACUACCUCAUCUCCGCCCUCGAUCUCUUCCGCACGCCCGCGCACCACCUCCCAUAUGACGCAGCAGCGCAGCGAGCGCGCGUGCCCCACCUGUGGAUUGCAGCGCUGGAGGCCGGCGGGCGCCCGCUGCUGUCCACGCCAAACGUGCCGCACCUCGUGCUCACCACGCAGGACUGCGUGAUGGUGGAGCAGCGACGUGUCGGCAAGCUGUUUGUGGACGAGGUUGCCUACUUUGUACAGCGGGUCAAGCGGUGGUCAGAGCCGCCCGUCAUGUACUCGUUUAUCACACACGAGCUGCAGAACGCGGCGUACCUCGCAAGCACGUUCGUCCCCUUUCUCAUGCACGUUGCACGCAAUGCCCUCAGUGGCAACAGCGACGACUCUGCUGGCAGCGGUGAUGAUGACGAUGAUGGUGGUGAUGAUGAUGAUGAUGAUGAUGAUGGUGAUGAUGAUGAUGAUGCAAAGGCUGCUCAUUCUCAACACCAACAACGGUAUCAUCACCAGCAGUUGGAUAAGCCGACGCUGAUUGCUCGGCGAGCGCUAGCGUCGCUGCGUGCACUGCACCAGCACCACAAGCUCUUCAACGUGGCCCCCGACACGCGAGAGGCCAUUGCCGCGUUUCUUGCAUCCAUCGCAACUGCUGCUGCCGGUGGUGAUGAUGGUGAUGAUGUUGGCGCUGCAAAGCAGGACACACAUCAGCAGCAGCAGCAGCAGCAGGAACAGCAGCAGCAGCAGCAGCAGCAGCAGCAGCAGCAGCAAGCGAAGGAGGGGGCGGCAAAGGGGCAGCAAGCUCACGACCACGCACCAUCGUCAUCACCAUCAUCACCACCAUCGUCAUCACCUGGCCAUGUUAAUGCAGCGCGUGCACGCGCUGCCCUUGUGAGCGAUCCGCGCGAGCAGACCAUCAACACGGUCAUCUCCCGUAUCCGGCAGUCCGUUGUCGGCGUCUCCCCGAUGUCCGAUGCCGAGUUUGUUGCGCGUGUGCACGUGGACGGCUGCCCGCGCUUUGGUGUUGUGCGCACAGCCACCGCCGCAGCAACAGCCGACCUCGCUGUGCUCAGGGCCAAGGCGGACGAAGGCAGUGGUGUCCUGGACAGCGCACUGCUGCACAUGCACACGCACCACGACACGGCCAUGUUUGACGCUGCAUCCGCGCCCGCCGCCAAUACCGAGCCCUCCUUUGAUGACCUCUUUGACUGA